AAGAGACCACUUACACCCACCGGAAACCAUGUCUGCAGCACCAGCAGAAAUGAAAUUGAACGAAUCCAAAUUUAUUUAUGUGAUCACUCUAAAACCCCCGCACAAAUGUAUAUUUGGUGCAAUGAGAAUCGCCCGAUAUACCUGCUAAACCGCUCGCCGUUAUUGGAUUCCGUUCAGCGAUUUGGUGAAGUAGGUAGCCAAGUGUGAGUGUUUUAGAAACAUCGUUGAGAUUUGUAUGAGAGGAGGCAGCGGUGCAGACCGGCUCCCAUGGUCUUUUUUUUAAACCUUCGUCGCCGGGCGAGAAAAUACAUAUCUAACUAGCAAGCUAAACAUGGAUCAGUAUCACGAGUAUUCUUAAGAAAUUAGCCAGUAUUAUUUGUCUACUCAUGUCAGUAACUACAGUAGUUAACGGUUUCAGUAUGAGUAUGCCCGAUCGAUGGUUUCGUUGAGGCUUGACAGUGCCUGAUGCAGGCCUACUUUUUUCUAUCUGGAAAUUUCUUGACUGGGGAAAGCCGCCCAUACGGGAUUUCAUGACUUCCUAGCAUUAGCCUUUUUCGCUGCAUCCCCGACUCAAAUGAUGCGUGUUGUGUCGUUGCAUUGAUUUUGGAUGAUAAUAUCAUCUACUUUUAGCAUAUCAAUUUAAUAUUUUUUUUUAUCCAAACGGUAUAUUUUUAUGGGAUUAUCGGUAAAUUCGAAGCAAAUAUGGUGAAUUGGAAGCGGCUGCUGCGGGUGUCGAACCGCUCAUUUUUGGCCUUCAUUUUUUUCUUCUCCAUGUCUACGACUGGUCUCUACUUCAUAUAUGUGGCUCCUGGAAUAGCCAACACCUACUUCUUCAUGGUGCAAGCCCAGGGCAUCAUGUUGAGGGAUAAUGUGAGGACCAUUGGUCAGAUGAUCAGACUCUACACCAAUAAGAACAGUACUCUCAACGGCACAGAUUACCCAGAUGGCAGUAACUCCAGUGAAUACAUGUCCCAGCCAACCGCAUACCUCCCUGAGAACUUCACAUACGCCCAGAACCUCCCCUGCCCAGAACGCUUACCUUCUAUGAAGGGUCCUAUGGAUGUCAAUAUGACUGAGAUCCCUAUGGAGGAGAUUGAUCUGAAGUUCUCUAAGUAUCUGGAUGUUCACUUUGGAGGACACUGGAAACCCAAGGACUGUAAACCACGCUGGAAGGUGGCCAUCCUGAUCCCGUUCCGUAACCGCUACGAGCACCUUCCCAUCCUGUUCCAGCACCUCACCCCCAUGCUGCAGAGACAGAGACUGCAGUUUGCAUAUUACGUCAUCGAGCAGUCUGGUACCCRGCCAUUCAACAGAGCAAUGUUGUUUAACGUGGGUUUCCUGGAAGCCAUGAAGGAUCUGGACUGGGACUGUCUGGUGUUCCACGAUGUCGACCACAUCCCAGAGAACGACCGUAACUACUACGGCUGUGGUCAGAUGCCUCGCCACUUCGCAGCCAAACUGGACAAAUACAUGUACCUACUACCAUAUGGUGAGUUCUUUGGGGGUGUGAGUGGACUCACAGUGGAACAGUUCCGCAAGAUUAAUGGCUUUCCCAAUGCGUUCUGGGGCUGGGGAGGAGAGGACGAUGACCUCUGGAACAGAGUACAUUAUGCUGGUCUGAACAUCACAAGGCCGGAGGGAGAAGUGGGUAAAUACAAGUCCAUCCCACACCACCACCGGGGAGAGGUGCAGUUCCUGGGCAGGUACAAGCUGCUGAGGUAUUCCAAAGAGAGGCAGCACCUGGAUGGCCUGAACAACCUCAACUACACCCCUGAGAUCUCCCUGAGCUCCCUGUAUAAGAACAUCACCGUGGACCUGCACCCUGAUCUGGCCCCCAUCGCAGACUACUGAACUCUUGACUCCCACCUGACCCCUUAAACCCUUCACACUCCCUCAAGCAUCAAACGGUACCCCAAAGCUGGGCAAAGAGGGGCUGGGGGUGGGGUCGGAGGCACACCAUGUAACGCUGCCAAGAAACCUUACUCAAAAAAAACAAACAUGAAAGAGGAAGGGGCAUAUAGGGUCUGUUUAAUCGAACAAUUGAUUGUGUAUGUUUCUGUGAUGAUUGUGAAUGGUGUGUGUGUGUGUGUGUUGUGUGUGUGUGCUUGCAAGGAUGUGUGUAUCUGACUUUUUGUGUCCGUGUGUCACUGCAUGUCAGUGUGUUCAUGCCGGCUUUAGCUACUAAGCUACUUCACAUCAACACUUCAUAAUACAUUAUGAGGAGGGAAGGACAGCAUUAGUUUUUCCCACAUCUGAUGUUUACUGCAACGCCUUAAAGUGUCAGGCUCAGCCUCAGAACCACGGCUCUCUGGCAGCCUCCCAAAUGGUACCCUAUUCCCUAUAGGGCUGGAAUUGCCAAGGACCCCACAAUAUGAUAAUGUCACGAUACUUAGGUGCCGAUAUGUAUUGCUAUUCGAUACUGCCAUUUUUUUCCCCAUUUCUUUUUUUUUUUUUUUGCCAUUUGAUAUUCCAAAUAUAUUGCUCACUAUAUACUGAGUGUACAAAAC